AACUCUACCCAUCCCUAUAUAAACCCCCCACCGCGUCCCUUACCACAAACAAAAACUUCCCAAUCACAAAAAUGAGGUUCUCAGCCUUCACAAUUCUCUCUCUAUUACCAAUUCUCCUGACACUUGCCUCAGCAGAGCAAUGCGGGACACAAGCCGGGGGAGCCCUGUGCCCGGGCGGCCUAUGCUGCAGCAAAUUCGGGUGGUGCGGCAACGGGGGCGACUACUGUGGCACCGGGUGCCAGAGCCAGUGCGGCGGCUCCACCCCCACCCCCGGCCCGAGCAGUGGCGACAUUAGCAGUCUCGUCUCUAGAGACUUGUUUAACCGGAUGCUGUUGCAUCGCAACGACGGUGCUUGUCCUGCCAAGAACUUCUACACGUACGAUGCCUUUGUGUCGGCCACGAAGGCGUUUGGCGCCUUUGCUACUACGGGCGACACGGCUACACGGAAGAGGGAGAUUGCCGCUUUCUUGGCCCAAACUUCCCAUGAAACUACUGGUGGAUGGGCUAGUGCACCUGAUGGCCCUUACUCAUGGGGAUACUGCUAUCUGAAGGAACAAGGUAACCCCGGUGACUACUGCUCCCCGAGUGCUCAAUGGCCCUGUGCUCCCGGCAGGAAGUAUUACGGCCGCGGUCCAAUCCAAAUUUCCUACAAUUACAACUACGGGCAGGCGGGAAGGGCCAUAGGGGUGGACCUCUUGAACAACCCUGAUCUGGUAGCAACCGAUCCGGUCGUCUCAUUCAAGACUGCCUUGUGGUUCUGGAUGACCCCACAAUCACCAAAGCCGUCAUGCCAUGACGUUAUUACCGGAAGGUGGAACCCGUCGGCUGCAGACAGGUCAGCGGGUCGUGUCUCGGGGUUCGGUGCGAUCACAAACAUCAUAAACGGUGGGCUCGAAUGCGGUCACGGGUCGGAUUCGAGGGUCCAAGAUCGGAUUGGGUUCUUUAGGAGGUACUGUCAAGUACUUGGGAUUAGCCCUGGUGACAAUCUCGACUGCGGCAACCAAAGGUCUUUCGGUAAUGGACUUUUGGUCGAUACAAUGUAGGGUGCCCUACGAUGUAAUACUCCAGUAGCUAGCUUAAGUGCCCUGUUCUUAUAAUGUGCCCAAAAUGCACAACCUACUGUUGUACUAAAAAUAAGUGCACACUAAUAAUGACUAAACCUUUUUUUUUCUUCUUUUUGUGUGCUUGUAAUGGUGAGUGGUGACGUUCUGCAAGGAAAAUAAAUACUAAUGGAAAUGGAAAUUUGCAGCUGU